AUGCCGCACCAGACUACGGAUGAAUUCGGGACGGGUGAGGGUACGGUGGUUCUUCAACAUGCAGGAGAAAAGAUCCAAGGUGUUCGUGGAGGGUCCAGAUACCGUGGACGUCGUGGCACUCCUGUAGUUGCUGAAGGAGGUCAGGGCCAAUGGGCGGCAGUUUCGGGCCUACCAGGAUGCUUCGAAUCAGUUGUUGGAUGCAGAAGGUCACCGCCAGUCGUUCGACCGAGGCCAUCGCCACGUAGCUAUGCAGUUGCCACCAACUACGACACACUACUACCCUUGAAAAAUUGCAAAUACUUCCCACCGCGUACGCGUCAAAAAGAAACAGUGGUCAGUUUCGUCAUUCCAUUCUUUAACGAGGGAAAAUCAGAACUUAAGCGAACUCUUGAGAGUCUGUACGAUCAACAAGUGGAAUGUGGUGACCUGGGUGUGCAAUUUCUGUAA